AUGUUUUUGUCGUUGUUGUUGUUGCUGCUGUUGUGGUUGUUGUUUUUGUUGCUGCUGCUUCUGCUGUUGUUGUGGAAUGCAUUUUUAUUGUCUAUGUCUAAAAGAAUAUGCAAAACCCUAGGAGUUAUAAGCAAAAUUAAAAAUAAAUUAAAUAAACCUACUCUAAUUGACCUGUAUUAUUCAUUAAUCUUUCCUCACAUCAUCUACUGCAACGUAAUUUGGGGAAACAGUCCUGACAUUCAUCUAAAACAGUUAACAAAAUGCCAAAACCGAUUCAUCAGAAUAUUUAAAAAUCUUCAUCCUCAUUGUCACACAAGUGAAUAUUAUCUCGAGAUGAAAAUACUCAACAUCAAAAACUUGUUCAUCUACCACGGUAGAUGCCAGCGCACGAACCCGCCCUGCAAGUACUUGCACCCACCACAACAUCUAAAAGAACAGCUACUUCAGAACGGAAGGAACAACCUUAUACGUAGAAACCUUCAACUCAAUGCAGCCGCAGCCUGCUUCCUACCAGCCAUGUAUCCCAUGUUUAUCUCUCCUUCUGAGAUUUUAUUUGAUGUUCAAAUGGUCUGCAUGGAAUUAGCAGCCGACGUCUGGCUGAGGUUUGACCUUGAAAUCGACCUUGAAAUUAAAGGUCACCAUCGGAGGUCAAGUUCAUUUACAUCUACUAAUGUGAUGCUUCUUGAAAAUUUAAUUCCACUUGAUAUAUGA